AUUUCCCCCGGCGCCGCGCGCUGCGGAGAGCGGCGGGGGUGGGCGCCAGGAGGAGAACGCGAUGAAUGAGUUCUCCCCUCGCCUCGGAGUUGACUGAGUUGGCGGCGCCGCGCCCGAGCUUCCGGCUCUCGGCGCCCCACGCGCUCGCGGCUCCCGGGGCUGCAGCCCACGCCCGCGGCCGGGGCUGUGCCCGCCACGCCGGGGAGCCGAGGCUCUGGAGCUCCUGUCCCGGCUCCAGUCCGGGGGAAAAAGGAAGGUUGUCCCCUGGCCCAGGCGCACGGCCGCGCGCUCUCCCGCACUCUCCGCGGCCCCUUCUGCUCUCCAUGGCGUCUCAUCAACAAUCCCGGAUCCAGGCUUACCUGGAGAAGAACAAGAUCGGUCCCCUGUUUGAGGAAUUAAUGACCAAAUUAAUAACUGAGACACCUGACCAGCCAAUCCCAUUUCUCAUUGACCAUCUUCAGUCUAAACAAGGAAACCGUGGACAGCUUCAAAGAACUUUAUCUGGAUCUGCAGCUCUCUGGGCAGAAAGUGAAAUAGCAGAACAUAAAGGAACAAGAAGGGAUUUCAGAAGCUAUGAUAAGCCUUGGCAAUUAAAUGCAAAGAAGCCUAAAAAGUCAAAAAGUGACCUUGCUGUGUCUAAUAUUUCCCCACCGUCAUCAGAAUCCAAAUCAUUGCCAAGGUCAGUAGAUCAUCCUAAGUGGAACUGGCGAAUUAAACCAGAAAGCCGUGAUUUUGAUGAAUUGAACCACAUCCUUCAAGAGAGCAAGAAGCUGGGAAAAGCCCUUGAGAAUCUUUCUCGAAGUAUUGCAAUUUCAGAUGAACUCGAUAAGGAAACAGUGGCAUUUAAUUCUUCUCUUCUGAGACCCCGUGUGAUUGGAGAAUGGAUUGGUCGAGAAGAGAAUGAUGCUGACCCACUAGCAGCUGAAAUGUUACAGCCCCCAGUUCCAAGAAGUAAAAAUGAACAAUGGGAAAAUGAAGACACUAGCUCCAGCCCUGCAGGAAGCUUAAAGGUGGAGCCCAAGACUAAAGGAUUAAAACAGCAGCAACAGCAACAUAAGAAACUUCUGGCAGCAAUGCUCUCUCAAGAUUCUUUUGAGUCUCUCCAUAGCCCUACCCCAUCUGUAACAGAAGAAGAUAUUGAUAAUGAAGAUGAUGCAAUGGAAUUGCUGGGUAAUUUUAAAAAUUAAUAAUUUCUCUUUCUCUUCUUCUCUGGCAUUGUAAAAGUGUGUAGUGAUUUAGAGAUUUUAAAGUUUUUGAAUAGUUUUGUCCUAGGGGAAAGACACCAUUUAACACAUAUUUUAUUUACAUUAGACUUUCAUGAAGUUGCAUGUAAGAAUGAAGUUGAAAUGACCUAAGCAUGUGAAGUAUUUAUUAGACUGUAUUUUGUCUUUGUAUAUGCAGCACUUUACCUUCUGACUCUUUAAUCAAGCUUUAUUCUGUGUGCAAUUGUGAUAAAAAUUCAAGUCUGUCUGCUUUAUUCUCUGAUUAUGAUUGCCUUGAUCACAUCUUCUGUCUAUAAAAUAUAUCCAAAAUACAUAUUUCAGCCCUCAUUCCAAAGUGUCCCCUAUUGUUUCAAGGAUGUUUUAGAAAAAUAGAGUAAAAUUUAAAAGGACAGAUAGUAAAUUAGUGUUUUGUGUCUUCCAUAAAUGACAGGAAAGUUUGCAAGAUUUCAGUGUUUUUAUAGGCUCGUUACUUUCAUGAAAACCUUAUUAGUGUUGUAUAUGUAGGGAACCCUUUAUAUCUUAAAUGAAGUAAAUGUAUGUUUUUAUUUCACCAUAAAUCUCUGGAUAGUAGUUUUUUUUAACUGAACUUUCCUUUUAUCCUAAAUAAUUAGAAUAAUUUUUGAAUACUUUGUAACCAUAUACUAAAGUGAAUAAAUAAUGUAAUCAUUCAAAAACUGCAAAUAAAUUUAACAUAGAAUAAGGAGUCUCAGAAACAUACAGACAUUUAAAAAUUUUUUUUUUCUAAAUGAGCUUCCUGGGUUUUAAGUGUUCAUGGCAGCAAAAUACUAUGAUUUAAAAAAAAGAUAUGUCUC